AUGGAAAACGUUUCUAAAACUUUCAAGUUUAACCAGUCAAGAGCUAAGGGAAGUUACAACAGCCAUGAGCCCAAAAAGAACAAGUUGAGGCAAAACAAUGGCCAUGGUGAUGUAGUCAACACCACAGCUUAUGUUCAGAUUUUGGGGACUGGAAUGGAUACUCAUGAUACAUUGCCUUCAGUUUUACUCUUUUUUGACAACCAAAGGUUUAUAUUUAAUGUUGGAGAGGGAUUGCAAAGAUUUUGUGCUGAGCAUAAGAUUAAACUAUCAAAGAUUGAUUAUGUAUGUCUCUCUCGUGCCUGCUCCGAGACAGCAGGUGGACUUCCAGGCUUGCUUCUGACUUUGGCCGGCAUGGGAGAAGGAAUGUCUGUCAACAUAUGGGGUCCUUCAGAUCUUAAGUUGUUGGUUGAGGCUAUGAAGUCUUUCAUCCCACAUGCCGCCAUGGUUCACACCAAACUCAUCUCUGAUGACCGCCAUGUUCUUGUUGAUAAUAAUGCUGUUAAAGUAUCAGCCAUUCUCUUGCGACCACAUAUUUUGGAUGGAUCACAUGUAAAGCCUUGUGAGAUAUCUGUAAUAUACGUUUGUGAAUUGCAUGAAAUUAGGGGAAAAUUUAACAAAGAAAAAGCUGAUGCUUUUGGCCUCACAGUUCGGGAAAAGUAUAGAAUACUGCAACGUGGAGACUCUGUACACCCAAGUGAUGUAUUUGGUCCUUCAAUUCCUGGUCCUAUUGUUUUUAUUGUAGACUGUCCUACAGAGUCUCAUGCACAAGAGCUAUUAUUCAUGGAGUCUCUUAAUGGUUAUUAUUCAGACUUCUCUGAUAGUUCACCACAGAGCACCAAGGUCGUAAAUUGCAUCAUUCAUUUAACUCCUGCUUCUGUCGUAAGCAGUCCUAGUUAUGAGAAAUGGAUGCAGAAAUUUGAUUCAGCUCAGCAUAUCAGGGCUGGCCAUGCAUUGAAGAAUGUUGAAAUUCCAAUUCUAAAAUCCAGUGCAAGAGUUGCUGCACGACUAAAUUAUUUGUGUCCCCAGUUGUUUCCAACUCCCACUUUCUUGUCUCUUCGUGACCGAAAUAAUGCAGCCCAGCCCUCUGCUGCUUCAAGUGAGGGUCCCGUUUCAAAGCUUUCCCAAAGCAUAUUUGCUGAAAAUCUCCUGAAGUUCAAUUUGCGUCCUCAUGCUCGUCUUGGAUUGGACAAAUCCAAUGUUCCAAGUCUCAUAGCACCUACAGAUGUCAUCAGUGAGUUGCUCCUAGAAAUUCCAGAGAUUGUAGAUGCUGCUCAGCAUGUCAGCGAGUUUUGGAAAGAGCCUAGUGAAACAAAAGAGGAUACAACUGUCACUCAGGAUUCUAAGGUUGGGUUUGAAGACCGAUCAUUUGAUGGGAAUUAUGCUUUCCCUAGUUGUUUGGAAAAUAUUCAGAGAGAUGACUUGGAGGUUGUUUUUCUGGGGACUGGUUCAUCUCAACCUUCUAAAUAUAGGAAUGUUAGUUCCAUCUAUAUUAAUCUUUUCUCUAAAGGGAGUCUGCUGCUAGAUUGUGGGGAAGGGACCUUAGCACAACUGAAAAGAAGAUAUGGGAAGGAGGGUGCUGACAAUGCUGUGAGAAAUCUGAGAUGUGUUUGGAUUUCUCAUAUCCAUGCUGAUCAUCAUGCUGGGUUAGUGAGAAUACUUACUCUGCGGCAAGAUUUGUUAAGGGGAGUUCUGCAUGAACCAAUACUGGUUAUAGGGCCAAUGCAGCUUAAGAGAUUUCUUGAUGAAUAUCAAAGACUUGAAGAUCUACAUAUGCAGUUCCUUGACUGUAGAGACACCGUGGUUGCCUCAUGGAAUGCCUUUGAGGGUGAUACUGCGGACAUAAACCAUAGAACUACAAAUAAUCCUGGGUUGAGCUCAUCUGCCGAAGAGAGUUUUUUGAAGCACUGCUCAAAAAGACCAAAACUGAGCGAGUCUGUUGAUAAUGGAGUGGCCUUUCUUUUGCUGAAGAGCUUGAAGAAAAUUCUCAGGGAAGCAGGGCUGGAUAGACUAAUCAGUUUUCCAGUUGUGCACUGUCCUGAGGCAUUUGGUGUUGUCUUGAAAGCAGCGGAGAGAAACAACAGUGCCGGAGAAGCAACUUUUGAGGAUGGCAUGGUAGGGGAGGCUAUAGCAAGAAACCACAGCACAACUAAGGAAGCCAUAGAAGUGGGAGAUUCUGCUGAUGCGUACCGCAUCAUUCUCACUCACUUCAGCCAAAGAUACCCCAAAAUCCCAUCACUUGAUGAGAUAAGCAUUCAGAAAACUUGCAUUGCUUUUGACCUCAUGAGUAUAAACGUAGCAGAUUUGCCUAUGCUACCAAAUGUUCUUCCAUACCUCAAAUUGCUUUUCAAAAAGGAGAUGACAACUGAUACAUCAGAUGAUGCUAUUAAUGCAACUCCAUAG